AUGCGGUGGUCACUAUUUAGCACUUUGAUCUUAGUGCUCCUCUUCGGAGUUGCAUUAUCAGCCCCCGCAGUGGACUUCGCAGAACGAAAUGUUGAUGCCUUUACGACUGUCGAAAAGAGAGUUGAACAGGAUGCGACACCAACAGCAACAGCAACAGAUAAUACGCCUAGCUCAACAUCUACAGCGAGUACAACGGGUACUCAGGGUGCAGCGACGACAGCCACAGCUACAGCCACGACAACGACAAUAACUGGGACGGCCGUUUCAAAUACCAGUCACUCUACCUUCGUCGCGACCACUGUUCCUUCAAUAGAUGGCUCUACGGGCUCGGGGAGCGACAGUCAGGAUGGAACAAAACAAAAGUAUACAGGUGGACUACCACUUCAGCCGGAAAUCACUCCGGCGUGGGGUGUGGGUGGUAUUAUACUCCUACUUCUAGGAGCGGCUCUGGCGUUCAUUGGAAUUCGCAAGCAAUGGGUUCAUAUCUUCUUAUCAACCGCCUUCCUCGCGGCAUUGGGCGUUACGGUGCUUAUUGUCUACGUGUUGAACCCACCGGUCAGCAAUGCGAUACAAGGUGGAUAUCUGGUUGCAGCCUUUUUCACAGGCGCCGUGUUCGGAGGGCUAGCGCUCGUGUUCAGGGAAAUAACUGAAGGACUCGGAUGUCUUCUUGGUGGCUUUUGUACCGGGAUGUGGCUAUUAACAGUCAAGUCGGGCGGGCUCCUGACCGACAAUGGAGCAAAGGCCGGGUUCAUCAUCGCCUUUACCGUGGGCUUCUGGUGUCUAUCAUUCAGCCACUAUACUCGCUCAUACGGUUUGAUUCUCUGUACUUCCAUCUCGGGUGCGACGGCUCUGGCUCUCGGCAUCGACUGUUACAGUCGGGCAGGCUUAAAGGAGUUUUGGCUAUACAUAUGGGGUCUGAAUACAGGCAUGUUCCCAUUGGGCACAAAUACAUAUCCGGUCACUCGAAACAUCCGUGUUGAGCUUGCUAUCACCGUCAUUGUCACCGUGUUUGGUGUUAUCGCUCAAAUGAGACUCUGGAAAGUGAUCAAAGAACGCCGAGCCAAGGAGGAAACAACUCGGAAGGAAGCCGAGAAAAGGGACGAGGAGGCAGAGGCAGAAGUUGGUCGACAACUGGAAGAAAAGAACCUUCGCGAACGCACCGAAUGGGAGAACAUGUACGGUAACGGCGCCGGCAAAGCAGCCUCCAUGACCGAGACUGCGGUUGCAGAAGAUUCCCGUCGGGGCUCGGAUGGGUUCGAAUCAACAACCCAUGAAAACGAAAAGGGAGAAUCGGUUGAGAUGAAGGACAUGUCUGCUCCGGAAAACUCGGCUGGCUCAUCUGACUCUGGGAAAAAUCUCGAAACUGUUGAGGAGGUUGAAGGGGAAGCUCUUGAAGAACACCAGGACGGUCAUCCCAACCAGCCCGAGGACCAACAGGCUCAAAAUGAGACCGAAAAUGACGGACCAACAGCUGCAAGACCGGUGACAAUGUGGCCCGAGCCAAUCCCGCGUGAAGAUAAUAGCUCUGAACACGGUGCUGUUGUUGGCUCCGAGGCUGGCUCGCCACGAUCCAAGCGCUUCUCUGGAAGGUCACUGAUGAACCGGCUUUCCUGGCGCAGUGCUAAUGGUGUGAACGGUCCAUUGAGUCCCAAGCUCAACGGAAAAUCCGAGUCGGAAGAAGCUUUGGUAGUGCAGGACGAUGCUACCUCCUCCGUUGUCGGCGUCGUGGAUGAUAUUGCUUCGAUCUGCUCUAGUGUGGUCUCAGAUGGCCAAGCCGCAGAAGACGAGAAGGCGACCGAGGAGACAGUGACGAACAACUUGGCAUCAAAAAAUGUGCUUGCUGAAGUGACCGAAGCCGAACUAAACUCCCAAGCACUGCGUGCUGCGCCGACUGAGAAUGACGGUCAACUUGCCUCUUCCCUUGCCCGCCAUGAUAAGAAUGGUCAAGGGCCCACGCAACGUGGAAAUGAAUUCCAGAUUCACCAGGAUGACGACACCGAAGAGCAAGUAUCUACUGUCGAGACCAAUAAUCAGGACGACAGCCAGCCAAAGAAGACCGAAAACUUGGUGUUGCAAGUUCAGCCGAAGCCACAACAAGCUCCACCAAAUCAAGAGAACGUCCUGGAAAACCCUUCUGAGGAAGAACAUCAUGAACAGACGGACCAGGAAAACCACGUACCCAAUUUUGAUCAAGCGGAGGACGAAGCUGAAAUAGACAACCCACAGCCUGAUGCGGAACACGUCGAGCGCGAACUUGAUUCUGUGUCUCAAACAAAGCCUUUGAGGAAGAGCAGGAGUGCAAGGUUAGACGCAUCGACAGUGAAAGAAAUUCCCGAACAAACAUCGAUGGUAAUCAAUUCAUUCCGCACCAACGAAUGGGCCAAGCAUCUAGCCAAUGCGGAGCUUCCUGAGCUCGAACCAAUUCAGCUGGACUAUGAAACCGAAAGCUCUGCCGAGACUGAAGAAGCUGCCGCACCAGUCAAUGUGGAUGGUCUUCUUCAGACACCGUUGACAGGCCUACCUCCUCCAAUUAUCAACAAUCCCGAGCAGAUCCCCACUAGCCCCGAGCAAAAUGGUCGACGUUCUCAAGGCUCUGUAGCACCACCUGCAGUACCCAAAUCCAAAACACAAAAUAACAUCUACACCAUGUCCGGUGCUAUAUCACCCCCACCAAUGGCCCGAAACAUGUCUUCUGCAUCACUACUGCCUCAAGAAAGGGAUAGGAAGCCAGGUCCGAUACGCAGCGUAUCGACUCCAUUUCUGACUAUCACAACCCCCAAUCAAGAACCAGAGUCAUCGGAUUCUCCAAAGUGGAGUGGACCUCCACCUCUUCUCGCUGUUCGUGAGAACAUGGUGCGGAAUCGGAUGUCAUCUACCUCCCUGCGCUACGAUCCUUAUACAUCGCGAAAUCAGUCCCGCCUGUCCCUGGCUGAUCCAACCGUAAUCGCCUCGCCGCCCUUGUCCAUCCCAGAGGAAAUGGACGAGCAAUUUGGCACAGAUACCGUUGAAGACGCAGAUGAUGUACCACUAUCCAAGCGUCGUGCCAUGCUACAACGCCAAUCGAUGCAGUCCCCUUCUACAUCUAGCAUUCAGAGCAUCGAGCCCCCCCGCUCACCACCGCAAAGUCCACCAGACUCGGGACGAUCUGCAGCUGUCAUGGCCGCCUGGCGACAAUCGGUUCGACAAGACCUUUCUCAACGACGUGACCCACUAUCACACCCUCCUUCUCCAGGCUUACCUACAAAUUCCGAGAGACCACGGGCACUUCGGGCAUCUACGCAGCAAACGCGCGAGAGCUCAGCGGCCCAGGUCGAAAAUACCAUUGCCGAAAGGAUGCAACGCGGAGGUAUGACAGACCUGCAUCGUCAAGCGAUGCGCCGAAUGCAGGCUUCUGCGAACCGCAAGCUGUAG